GUCGGAAGUGGUUGGGGUUUGGGGGAGGAGAUCCGCUCAUACACAGGAGGAGAGGUUGAGCCGCCGCCAUAUCUGCUGCCGCCGCCGCAGUUGCGAAUGCAGUGUUGGGUCUUAGCUGCCCCCGCACUGCCGCUAAGGUCCCCAGACCAUGGAUCCCGGCAGCAGCAGCAGCGACUCGGCGCCCGACUGCUGGGACCAGGUGGACAUGGAAGCCCCGGGUUUGGCCCCGAUUGGGCUCCGAGCCUCCGUGGCUGGGGCCGAGACCCAGCGUGAGCCCCUGAGCUCGGCCUUCAGCCGUCAGCUCAACGUCAACGCCAAACCCUUCGUGCCUAACGUACACGCCGCGGAGUUCGUGCCGUUCUUCCUGCGGGGCCCGGCCCAGCCGCAGACACCCUCGGCCGACACCACCGGCAUGGAUGAGCUCUGCAGCGGCGCGGGCGAUCCUCAAGGUAAAAGGCUGGGACGGGGGGCACUUGUGGAACAUUCCAAAGAGGAGCAGUUAGUGUCGCGUGAAGGUUUCAGUUCAGCCAUUACCAUGGAACUUUCAGAACCUGUUGUAGAAAAUGGAGAGGUGGAGAUGGUCCUAGAGGAGUCAUGGGAGCACAAUAAAGAAGUGAGUGAAGCUGAGCCAGGGGGUAGUUCCUUGGGAGAUUCAGGGCCCCCAGAAGAAAGUGGCCAGGAAAUGAUGGAGAAAGAGGAAAUAAGAAAAUCUAAAUCUGUGAUCAUACCCUCAGGUGCUCCUAAGAAAGAACACGUAAAUGUGGUAUUCAUUGGGCAUGUAGAUGCUGGAAAGUCAACCAUUGGAGGACAGAUAAUGUUUUUGACAGGAAUGGUUGACAAAAGGACACUUGAGAAAUAUGAAAGAGAAGCUAAAGAAAAAAACAGAGAAACUUGGUAUUUGUCCUGGGCCUUAGAUACGAAUCAGGAAGAACGAGACAAGGGUAAGACAGUAGAAGUGGGUCGUGCCUAUUUUGAAACAGAAAAGAAACAUUUCACCAUUUUAGAUGCCCCUGGCCACAAGAGUUUUGUCCCAAAUAUGAUUGGAGGUGCUUCUCAAGCUGAUUUGGCCGUACUGGUGAUCUCUGCCAGGAAAGGAGAGUUUGAAACUGGAUUUGAAAAAGGUGGACAGACAAGAGAACAUGCAAUGUUGGCAAAAACAGCAGGGGUAAAGUAUCUAAUAGUGCUUAUUAAUAAGAUGGAUGAUCCCACAGUAAAUUGGAGCAGCGAGAGAUAUGAAGAAUGUAAAGAAAAACUGGUGCCCUUUUUGAAAAAAGUUGGCUUCAGUCCCAAAAAGGACAUUCACUUUAUGCCCUGCUCUGGGCUGACUGGGGCAAAUAUUAAAGAGCAGUCAGAUUUCUGCCCUUGGUACACUGGAUUGCCAUUUAUUCCAUAUUUGGAUAAUAUGCCAAACUUCAACAGAUCAGUUGAUGGACCAAUUAGACUUCCGAUUGUGGACAAGUACAAGGAUAUGGGCACUGUAGUCCUGGGGAAGCUGGAAUCAGGGUCCAUUUUUAAAGGCCAGCAGCUUGUGAUGAUGCCAAACAAGCACAAUGUGGAAGUUCUUGGAAUCCUUUCUGAUGAUGCUGAAACUGACUAUGUAGCCCCAGGUGAAAACCUUAAAAUCAGGCUGAAGGGAAUUGAAGAAGAAGAGAUUCUUCCAGGAUUCAUACUCUGUGACCCCAAUAAUCUUUGCCAUUCUGGACGUACCUUUGAUGUUCAGAUAGUGAUCAUUGAGCAUAAAUCCAUCAUCUGCCCAGGUUAUAAUGCGGUGCUGCACAUUCACACUUGUAUUGAGGAAGUGGAGAUAACGGCCUUAAUCUCCUUGGUAGACAAAAAAUCCGGAGAGAAAAGUAAGACACGGCCCCGCUUCGUGAAACAAGAUCAAGUAUGCAUUGCCCGUUUAAGGACAGCAGGAACUAUCUGCCUGGAGACAUUUAAAGAUUUUCCUCAGAUGGGUCGUUUUACUUUGAGAGAUGAGGGUAAGACCAUUGCGAUUGGAAAAGUUCUGAAACUGGUCCCGGAGAAGGACUAAGCAGUUUUCUUGAUGUCCCUGAUACUGUGAGAAUUGACUACAAAAAUUCACCACCAUCUCUCAUUUACCACCCAUUGACAGACUUUACUACAUAUUUUGCAGAGAAAUUUCACAGCAAAAAUCUAUGUUUUGUCAGCUUUCUCAUGUUGAGGUCUCUGCUGUGUCACUGUUGAAUUUCCCCACAAGUUUCCUCCUCCUAUAUCAUUCUGCUUCCUUGGACAGAACAGUAAUAGCUUUGUAAGUGAUGUGGAUGUAAUUGUCUAUAACAAUGAAAAAUUAAUAUAUUUUUUAAUUUUUCAUUUUC